AUGCAGUCACUGACUGAGGAGAUCCAGAGUUUCUCUCGGACGAGACUGAGGAAGCAGUGCACCCGUGUGACAGCACUGAGUGGCCGUCGCAUCAUUGAGACCUGGAAGGGUUCUAUGAUCACUGUGGUUGAGGACCCCAGCCCCUCAGAGAGGAUGCUGGGAUAUAUCCCUGACACUUCCUGGGACCUGCAGGUUGGCAGCGUCAAGUCUUACCUGCUUCUGGGUUCUCAAGAUGCUGCACAUGACUUUGGCACUCUGAGAAAACACAAGGUGUCUCACAUCCUGAAUGUGGCCUUUGGGGUGGAGAAUGUGUUUCCUGACCUGUUCAUCUAUAAGACUGUCAGUAUUGUGGAUCAUCCUGACACUGAUGUGCUGCUUCACAUCCAGGACUGUUGUGACUUCAUCCAGCAGGCUCGCAGUGAGAAAGGCGUAGUAUUGGUCCACUGCAACGCUGGCGUGUCACGGGCACCAGCAGUGGUGAUUGGCUACCUGAUGUCAUGUGAAGACCAGUCCUUUGAUGCUGCCCUGUCAUUGGUCAAAUCAGCUCGGCCUGCCUCAUCCCCUAACCCUGGCUUCCUGGAACAACUGAGGAGCUACAAAAUGCAUACAAUAAAUGGAUCCAAACACUGA